AUGAGUAUAGACGGUUCUCUGAUAGAAAAAGAAUCUCCACCUGACUACGUGACGUUUCGUAAAACUGUAGCUGAUCAAAAUGUGUUGGAUCUACGCAAUGAAUUUCAUUCUUUCCAAGAGAAGAUAAUGGCAUCAAUGAAGGAGUUCUUCGACAAACAGAAUAAUAAAAUAACCAAGUUCAUUGAAGAUUUCGAAGAAUUGAAGACUUCAAUCCAAUUUAUUAAUGACAAAUACGACGACCUAGAAACCCAAACUGGAGAGAUCCGCAGUCGAUUAUUUGAAUUAGAAAAAAAUAUAUAA